AAGAACAAUAGAGAGUGAAAGAGAGAUUAGCCACAAUGUAUCUUCAACUUCUCUGUCUUGUCCUUCUAGCUUCUUGCUUCCAACAUCAAGCUUUUGGCCGUGGUCAUCACCGGCCACCUCCGGAAGUAAGCUCGUAUCCUUCUUCUCGCAUCACAGUCGUCGGAGUUGUCUACUGUGACACUUGUUCUAGCAACACUUUCUCAAAACAAAGCUAUUUCUUACAAGGAGUGGAUGUUCAUGUAAGCUGUAGAUUCAAAGCAAGCUCACCAAAGACAACAGAGGAAGUAAACAUAUCAGUAAACAGAACAACAAACAGAAGCGGCGUUUACAAGCUCGAGAUCCCACACGUCGAUGGUAUAGAUUGCGUCGACGGUAUAGCCAUAGCUUCUCAAUGCAGCGCCAAGCUACUCAAAACAUCAGACAACAACAUAGGCUGCAACAUACCCGUUUUUCAGACAGCAACCAACGAAGUAUCCAUCAAGUCAAAGCAAGACCGUGUCUGUAUCUACAGCUUAAGCGCACUCAGCUACAAACCUUCUCACAAAAACACAACACUUUGCAACGGUGGAAAGAGACAUAACCGGCGAGAGGAGGAGGAGAAGGUGGAGAAGAAGUUUAGAGAUUCUGAAUUCUUUUGGCCUUAUCUGGCACCGUACUGGUUCCCUUGGCCGUACUCAACUCUGCCACCGUUGCCUACUCUACCUCCUCUUCCUUCUUUUCCUUUCCCGUUUCUUCCUUUAGCAAACCCUAAUCCGGCUUUGCCAGCGUUUGACUGGAAAGAUCCUACCACUUGGAUACCUUAUCUCCCACGUUUCCCUCCUGGUGAUCAUAAUCUUUAG